AUAUUUUUUCAAAUGAACAAGAUCCGUACGCUGGUAUAAUCACCAGAAGGAACACAUGCAAAGAAGUGACCAGCUUAUAAGUACAUAGAAAAUGCAACUUACCCUUGUUAGCUUAAAUGUGUGUGCUUAGAUAGAUGUUGUUCCUGUUAUGUAUCCAUGUCUGUUCAUAUAAAUUAUAUGAACUAAUGGAUUAUAUAUUAGCUACGCACUAUUCACAGUUGUCCGAGUUGCACACCCUCUAUUUCAGCCGGUGGUGGAUUUCUCACUUUCUCUCUGUGAUUGCCUCAGAAAUCUUGUGUUGUGUGUGUUACUCUGACCUUGACCUGGGUGAACUCACUGCAGAAACAGCUGCUGCAGGAGGAGGAGGAGGAGGAGGAGGAGGAGGCAGCGAUGGAGAGAGAGAGCUCAGCAGCCUUGGCUUUCUGGCAGGGGUGGGGCCUGGGAGCCUCCACUCAGCCAUUUUGCAGCCACUGUGGCCUUGCUAAAGCUUUAUGCUGGCUUUUUAAAAGGCUCCCUAGAUGAUACACACGCAACGCAGGGAUGCACUUAGCCAAAGAGAGUGUUAGGUCCCUGAAGGCCUCAUCUUGCAGGGCACGCUGGCUGUUUUAAGCUUGUCAGCAUUCCCCAAAGGAAACUGUUUAAAGCCGUGCUGCUUCCCUUUCAUACUGCCCAGACCAAAGCGCAACUUGAUUUGGCUGGGUGAUGGGGCUGUUUCCAGCCUCCCUUUGAGCCUGUAGAAACAUGGUCUCCCAAACUCAGCUUUCGCACCUCCUGCUAGCAGCAGCCCUUCCCAUUCAGCCAUCACACCCCACUCCCUUUGCCUCGCUGAUGGACAGAGACAUGCAGUGUCUCAAGGUGCUCUGCUUGGGUCCACCUGCUGGGUGCCCUGAGCCUUCACCCGAUGCAGGAUCUUGCUGGCACUGAGAACCAGAGACUCCUGAAGAUGAGACCAGAUUUUGCAUGGAUCCCGUGACGACUGGAAUCAGUGGUGCACAGGCGCUUCUCAGCAUCGCUCCCUGGGAGAGGGAGGUGGUGGCUUCAGUGCUGUCACAUUGCAUCAGCAGUUCACCCAGCUCUCCUUUAGCUAGUGGGAAUACUGCACAGUGACCUAGUAAUUGCUGGGCUGCUUGGAUCCGAUAUCCUCUGAGCUGGGUGGCUGCAACUCCUGCUCAGGAUUAAGGUCUCCAAAGGACUGAAGGCUGAAAUAAGACAGGCCCUUAGGAAAUGGGAAUUCUCCUCCUCCUCCUCGUCUUCAUUUUUGCAGCUGAAGAAACAGAAGCAGGACCACGCUGAGCAGACAAUAGCAGGAUUGAUCACUAAUGACUAGCAUGCCUAGUCCCCAUACCAGUGUGCCCAUGGGGGUCCCACAGUGUGCAUCCCUCACACUCAUGGCAAGCAGGUGUGGGGUCAGACCUGGGAGCCAAACACAGCCCCCACCCGCUCUCUGUAUCUGGCCUUGGGACCCUUCCUAAACCAGGGCCCUGCUCCAAGCUGCAGGUCUCAGCAUCCCUAUUCUGCAUCAUCCUUGGCUGCUUCUGACUGGCUGAAAUGGGUCGUUGAACUGUGCUAAUGCCUCUUGCUUGCCAGAAUGGAGGAGCUUUAAAAAUGCCCGAUGAAGCCUACUGUGCUCCACCACCUUUUUUCCUGUGACCCUUCUGGCAUAUGACCAACAGGAAGCUUGGAGACCUAGGCUGGCAAAGGCUCCCACCCCUGAUGUAGCGGAAUGGCUGCCAGUCAGACCACGGGGAAAAGCAAAGCCUCUCUGAUGAUUUACACUGACAUCAGGCAUCCUUCUGCAACACAAGCUCCCCUCCCCCUUCAGAUACUCUUGACU